UUUUCGUUGAAAUGACAAACUGAUUAGUCAAAUGGGCGGAACAUCUUUUCAAACCUUCUUGAAGGCCGCGUCAUUCACAUUGGAGGAAGCGCGGCAAGCGCCUAUAUAAUACCGUGCAGUAGUAAUAACCCAUGAUCGAAUAAUCUGUGCGCUUUUGUGGACUUGUGAGACCAACAAUAAGAGUGAAUAUAUAUGGCAAAGAGCAAGGUUCUUGUUGUAGGUGGUACUGGGUACAUAGGGAAGAGGAUUGUGAAGGCAAGCCUAGCACAGGGCCAUAUAACCUAUGUUCUUCAACGCCGAGAGAUGGGUCUUGACAUUGACAAGAUACAAAUGCUUUUAUCAUUUAAGAAACAAGGUGCCAGACUCAUUCAAGGCUCAUUUUCCGAUCACCAGAGCCUUGUUGAUGCUGUGAAACAAGUUGAUGUUGUCAUUUGCACCAUGUCUGGUGUUCAUUUUCGGUCUCACAACAUUUUGUUGCAGCUCAAGCUUGUUGAUGCCAUCAAAGAAGCAGGAAACAUUAAGCGUUUCAUACCAUCUGAGUUUGGUACGGACCCCUCACGGAUGGGACAUGCUCUUGAACCUGGAAGAGUGACAUUUGAUGAGAAAAUGAGAGUGAGAAGAGCAAUAGAGGAGGCUAAAAUCCCCUUCACUUAUGUAACUGCUAAUUGCUUUGCUGGUUACUUUGCUGGCAACCUUUCUCAAAUGGAAACACUCUUGCCUCCAAGGGAUAAAGUUACCAUCUAUGGUGAUGGCAACGUCAAAGUGGUUUACAUGGAUGAAGACGACGUGGCCUUAUACACAAUUAAAACAAUAGAUGAUCCUCGAACAUUAAACAAAACACUGAACAUUCGGCCUCCUGAAAACAUUCUCUCCCAGAGGGAAUUAGUGGAGAAGUGGGAGAAACUUAUUGGGAAGGAACUACAAAAGAUUAGUUGUUCACAAGAGGACUUUCUCGCCUCCAUCAAAGGACUGGACUUUGCUAGCCAGGUAGGAGUUGGUCAUUUCUAUCACUUUUUCUAUGAAGGUUGUUUGACGAACUUUGAAAUAGGGGAAGAGGGUGAAGAAGCUUCAGAGCUCUAUCCAGAUGUGAAAUAUACACGCAUGGAUGAAUACCUAAAGUUGUAUCUAUAAGUACACCAUGUCCAUGUGAUGGCUCACUCAUCGCUAGCUAGCUUCCAUUUGUUUCAGUGUGUGAAACAAGGUCCUUCGAUCGAUUGGUUACCCAAUAUUCAUUGGGCUUCCAAGGUUCAUUGGACUUGUGUCUAAAGAUGGCCUUUUGAACUUAGUCAACACCUCCAUCCAUCAAAGCUUUAUUUGCUUUGCAGCUUCUCCAAUUACAAGAUUGCUUCUUUUGUCUUUUUUUUUUCCUUUUUUGGCGGGCCUUAUUUCGUCCCAGCCGCCUUCUGUUUGUUGUGGCGGUUGUAUUUCUCCUUUCUUUGUGGUUU